AUGUCCAUGGAAUAUGCCGGAGGCAUCUCCACCAUGGUACUCGCGCUCAUCGCAAUGGGCAUUAUAGCCGCGCUCCUCGGCCUCAUGAUUCUCACUGCCAUCAUUAUCGACCUUCCGAACCGCAAGCGGCGAAAGGAAAGCCCAGGCAUCAUGGAGACAAUAGACCUGGAGAAGGGCUUCGAGACUGAAGCCGUACACAAGAGUAUCAUCGAGUGUACAACCCUCGCAAACGCAACUGCCACAGAACUUGUCGGGUUCGUCUUCGACUUUGGCGCCGUGACGCCCGGCUUGAGGAGUUGUGAUGGGCUUAGAAGCGAUUGCACUGCUACUAGAUGCUCGGAGACAUCCCUAGCCAUCCGUCUUUAUACCUCACUCGCGCUGCGAUAUGAGUUGACAUCCAUUGAACGCCUCAUCUUCGCAACUCCCGGUUGGAGCCAUCGGAUCUACCUCAUUGGUGAACUUCACCCCACGAACUCGCAGACCGGACUAUUAGACCCUGACUUCGAUAACCCAGUUUCCCCCUCUUUGGGCGUGGCGUUAAGCGGAAUCGCCAGUGUGAGCCUGGCCCAAAUGUCGUGCGUCUGA